AUGGUUAAGGUCGCAGUCGCAUUGGUCGCUUGUGCUGCGGUUGCCUCGGCGUUCUCUGCGGUGCCACAGGCAGGCAAGCCGCACAUUGUCCUUAUUCUCGCAGUUGACUACGGGCACGCAAAUCUGGGCUACAACGCCCGCAAGACCGGCAACAAGCAGCUCAUCGCCGAGACCAACACGCCGAAUCUGGACGCGCUGAUUGAUGAUGGUGUCUACCUCAGUCAGCACUACUCGUACGCCGUCUGCGCGCCAUCGCGCUCAUCGCUCCAGAGUGGCCGCUUCGGCUCGCACGUGAAUAUGUUCAACACGGCGCCAGAGGCAGUGAACUCUGCGGAUCCGAUCAGCGGGUACGCUGGUAUACCCGUCGCGAUGACUGGCAUGGCAGAGGUACUCAAGUCAGCUGGGUACCGCACGCACGGUGUGGGCAAAUGGGACAUUGGAAUGGCAACUCCGGCGCACUCACCCUUUGGAAAGGGGUACGAAACGUUCAUUGGGUAUUACCAGCACGCCAACGACUACUGGAACAAGCGAGGCUCGUUCUUAGCGACUGGCGAGGUCGACAUGUGUCUCAGCCUGAUGCUUGACUUCUUCUCGUACAAUGAGACGUACCGCGGUGGUAACCCGAAUCCUGGCCAGGUGACAGACUCGUGCAAAUGCCAAGAGGGCACCGAAACCGGGUGUCAGAAUGGCGGUGACGAAAAUACAUAUCCGUCCUGCUUUGAGGAGACCAUCUUUAUGAACGCGGCGAUGGACAGGAUCCGCGCCCACGACACAUCGCAACCUCAGCACCCUCUAUUCCUUUUCCACUCUUUUCACUUUCUUCACACGCCGCUGGAAGCGCCAAUCGCGGCAAUCCGUGAGCUCAACCAAACGAUCCGUGACAAGGGCGGCGAUCCAAUUAAUUUGGAGAGCCGAUUGAUGUACAACUCCAUGGUGCUGCUCAUGGACAAGAUUGUUGGCAGGCUCGUGCAAACGCUCGUGGGGAAGGGCAUGUUCGAAAAUACUCUCCUCGCGUUUCUCUCCGACAAUGGCGGGCCAAUCUACCUCCCGGCCGGAGCAAACAAUUAUCCCCUGAAAGGAGGCAAGUGGAGUGACUGGCAGGGGGGUGUGCUUGCGAAUGCGUUCAUCUCGGGUGGCGUGGUGCCCGCGUCGAUUCGUGGAACCGUUCAUGCGGGUAUCUUCUCCAUCGCUGAUUGGUACACCACGUUCGCAGAGGUUGCCGGAUUGUACGACAAUGACGAGAUGAAAUACCCAGUGUCGCUCGACGACGGUGUGCUCGUAGACCAGAAAGCAAAGGCGGCGAAUGAUUGGAUGGACGCCAACAGACUCGAUGAAACAACCAACCCGCGCUUGCCUCCUUUGGACGGAGUCCCGCAGUGGGCAGCAAUCCUGGCGGGGCGCGAUGCGCGCGAUGGGAAUCCGAUCCACAUCUCACCACAGGCUCUGGUUUGGAAGCAAGACGCAGGUCUGCUUAAACUCGUCACCGGCAAACAGUAUUUUGGUCGGCACGUGGGUCCAGUGUUCCCCAACUGCUCAACCUUGCAGAGCGGGCAGAACCUACAAGGACCGGCUCGCCAGACCGUCAAGUUUCUGGACAUUCAGUACGAGCCCAGCACAAACCAGGAGCAGAUCGACACACUCACUUGGACAGAGGACUGCGGUGGCGGCUGCCUGUAUGACCUCGCCUCGGAUCCAACAGAGAGCAACGACCUCGCCUCGGAUCCUGCCUUUGCCGUUGAGCUCGAGCGCAUGCAGGCGAAGCUGGCGGCGCUCAACGCCACUCUGUUUUUGCCUAACCGUGGGGAUCAGCCAUCAACCGCUUGCGACUCCUUCAUCAAUCACGGCGGCUUCUACGGCCCGUUUAUGGCUCUCGAGCAAACAUCAGAGACGCACCAGUGGGGCUACGUCCCCGAUUUCUACAAGGGCGGAAGUCCACCCUGGCCGCUCGACAGGACCCCAGACGAGGUGCGCACAAUGAUCAGCAUCGUGAACAAGCCAAAGGUGCUGAACUGCCUGCGCGGGCUUAUUGGGGACGUGUGGCCGUCAUUUUUCAACGAAGUUCUCAUGCAGACCGUCGACACCUGCUCCCUUUACCCGAACCCAACACCAGAUGUUGAAGAGGUGUUAAUCCCCGCCCUCGACUUGCCGGUGGAUAUCAACGCGUCAUCCCUCGAGCAAUGGCUCGAUGCCACUUGCGAAGAGGGAUACGAAUUGGGCCUCGAGGCGUAUGGGUCGGAGCCGAACCCCGACAACGUCGUACCGCCGCUGUCGCCGCGCAGAGAUCGGCGCGAGCAGUCGCUCGAGGUGCUCUACUGGCUGGCGGUGCUCAAGGGGAAGGCGCACACGCUGGCCGAGGACACGGUCGUCAACACACCGACACCAUCCCCGCGGGCUAUCUCGUGGUCAAGGCGCAGUGGCUUCAGGCUCGAGCAACGCGAGUGCGAGGGCAAGCUUCGCUCCUACACGCUGCUCGAGGCCGAGACGCUCAUCAUCGUGAAUCACAUGAAGCUCUAUAUUGGCCUACAGACGCAUUACUCGCUCGAGGAGGGCGUGCUGCAGUGA